AUGAAUACAUACGCAUGUAUGUGUAUCUUAUUCCUCUUGUUGAAUAUUGAAAAACCAGCCACAGCAAUAACAACAACCACAACUACAUCUCUGGAGGAGGAAUUAUCAAAUCCCACGUCUCGAUUACUAGUCAUUUUAAUCGAUGGAUUAAGAUGGGAUGUAGUAGCCAAUCAUUUAGAAAAAGAUACUAGUGAAUUCGGAUUUAAAAAACUGCAAAGAAACGGUGCAUACUUGGAACGCUUCGCGCCUGUAUUCCCUGCAGAAUGUUAUCCAAAUAUUUACUCGUUGUUUACAGGUCGUCAUCCAGUUGAUCACGGAGUCAUUCUACCUACAACAUUUGGCCAGCAUACGACUAUUGAUGGUAAACCUAUUCGUUUACAAGCAGAAGGUCUUUGGGAGACAGGAGCGAAACAAAAUAAAGGUGUUCAUCUCUAUCACUUACCAACAUGUUCAGCUGAGUCAGAUUCCCAGGGGGAUAACAGUUGGUUCUGUGAACCCUAUCAUCCAAAUCAUAUGAAUCCUAUCAGUUUGAAUUUUACAAUACAAAGAGCUAUAGACGGUCUACGUAAUGGAAGUGCAAAUUUAGCAGUGGUUUAUUACGAUGAACUGGAUCGAAUUGGACAUCGAUAUGGUCCGUUAUCCGAUGAAUUAGUUAACAAACAUUGGAUUUACUUGGAUAAUGUAGUAGAUCAUGCAUUGAAGAUUGUUGAAUCUGUGCCAAAUUUGAAUUUAAUUAUCACCUCAGAUCAUGGAAUGGCACCAGUUUCACGUAUGACCUAUGUUGAUCGUUAUCUUAAAGGAUCGGAGUUAAGCAGGGUACUCAAUCGCGGCAGUACAAUGUGGUUAUGGCCUAAGCCUAAUUUUGAAGCACGUGUGUAUAAUCGUUUGAUCAGUCAACAAAACAAGGCUGCCUUCACUGUAUACAAUUCAUCAACUGUCCCCCUACACUGGGAAAUGAAAAGCGGUGCUGAUAAUAAUAAUAAUCUGUUGUUCCCACCGAUUCUGUUACUCGCUUCACCUGAAUACAUAUUCAAUUCAACUGUUUGGCCGCUGAAUAUGAGUCAUUAUCAUUUAGAUAAAAUUAAAGGUAUGCACGGUUAUGAUCCCGAUCUGCCAGAUAUGCAUAUCCCAUUGUUCAUAUACGGGCCAAUGUCAAAUCCUGGUUACCGUAUGAAUUACACUCAAGAGAUUCGUCCAAUUCAUAUACACAGUUUAAUGGCUUACUUGGCGUCAAUCGACUUAUCCGAUGAUGAUGAUGAUGAUGAAUGA